AUGGCUGAUCAACUUCACAAAGCUAUUGGUGCCAUGUCUAUUGAGGAUGAAGCUCCGCUAGUAUUACCGGACAGUCCUCAGUUCACAGUGUGUGAUGAGAACGCCACGAGCCUGUUGGGUCGCUUGCUUAACCCUGAUUUUCAGUCCAUGGCUCGAAUGAUCGACUACAUGCCAACGGCUUGGAGAGUCUAUGGAAGGGUCCGAGGUAUUGCUCUCUCUCGGGACCGCUUUCAGUUCAUAUUUCAAAGGGAGGAAGAUCUCCAAACAGUGUUAAAGGAUCGCCCAUGGUCUUAUAACCAUUGGACCAUAGUUUUGGAAAGAUGGACUGCAUCUCCCCAGGAGAACUUUCUUGGAUCGUUGGAAAUCUGGAUCCGUAUGCGUAAUAUCCCAGUGAACCACUUUACUUCUAGUACAAUGUAUAUGCUUGCCAAGGAGAUAGGCAAGGUGGAGGAGAUUGCUUUUGAUCCCAAAGUCUCUCACUUUAAAGACUAUGUUCGUGCCAAGAUCACAUUCAAUGUUGACAAUCCAGUUAAGGCGUAUAGGGAGCUCUCUAUUCUCUCAGGAGGUACUGUCAAAAUUGAGUAUGAGUAUGAGAAAAUACACAAGAGGUGUUUUCAUUGUCUCCGCUUAACCCAUGAGAAAAUAAAAUGUCCUCUUCUCAAAAAAGGGUUUGGAUUGGCUAAGUCGGGGGAGAGACCAAAUGUUAAUGCUAAAGUUGGUCCCUCAAGUGUUGUGCCUCAACGUCAGGUGCAUGUUGCACCUUUGGAAGGACCGCCGGGUUUCCCUCCCUUGUUCCCUGAGCUAUCGAAGGAGGAACAGAAAAUGGCGAUGAUGUACAUUUCUCAUUCAAAUGAGAUAGAACGUCUUGCUCGUAUUCAGCGUGUUCGGCAAGGAAUUGCAGACAAUGCUAGGGAGUCAAGUAUUCGUUUAACAAAAAUCACAAAUGAGGUUGACAAAGGGAAAGGCCAUGUUUACUACUACCCCGAUGGGUCUGAGAUAAUCCCGGUGCUGAAGUUAGGCUUUGAGAACUCUAACUCACAUUCUCGAGGUAUUACCAUUAGAGAAGAGGAAGCUGAAUCUUCUGAUAACUUCUCUGCUACUGUCUCUGUACUUGCACACAUUUCGACGGGUUUUCAGUUUGGCCCUUCUUCGGAGGGGCGAGUCUCUGGAAAUCUAAAGGCAGGCAAGACACAGCGGAAGCGUCCUUCAUCAUGGAAACGAAAGACCACGCCAAAAUUGAUCAUCGCGCCUGCUCCUGCUUCUGGAGUGGACAUCCCUCAGUCUCCAUUACACAGUGCAAAGAGGAAACAGAGUUCCCCUGUCUCUUACCCAGACAACAAAACCCCAAAACGUACAGAUUCUUCGGUGGCUUCCGUAUUGAAGCCGCUGCUUCCCCAAUGA